CACUCAAACCUACACUGAGGAGAAAAAACAGGCAGUGGAGGUCCUCCAGAACUUCAAGCAGUCACAGGCUGCAACAAAGGAAUCCAUAAUGCAGGCUGACAAGGCCCUCACUGCUGGGGAGAAGGCUCUAGCAGCUGAGCAGGCCAAGAAGGAGGCAGUGAAAAGGGAACAGGAGCUUCUAAGGCAGACAUUGAGAGAAACACAGCAAAAAAUGGAGGCUCAAGAGAGAAGCUUCAAGGAAAGCAUAGCCCUACUGAAGGAGAACAUGAAGAUAGAAAAGGAAAAUGAACAGAAACACCAGGAGAAAAUCACGGAGUACAUGCAGAAAGUUGAAGAGUUAUUGAGGAAACACCAGGAGGAAGAGAUGCAACAUGAGAUUGAAGUGCAACGUAUAAAGGCUGAAUCUGAAGCAACUAAAAGAAAAAUAUUGGAGGAAGUACAAAAAAAGCAUGAACAGAGUUGGAAAGAGAGAGGAAAGAAUUAUCAGGAACAUGUGAAAUGGCUUGAGAAGACAGAGAAGGAAUGUGAGCAGAAAAAUGAGCAGGAACGUGAGCAGCUUCUUGAGAAGAACAAGGAACUUAUGUCAAACAAUUGCCUCUCAACUGAAAAUGAAAACAUGAUUCCCGGCAAGGGUUUCAGCCCUUUGCCCCCAGGAGAGCUGCUCCCUGACCCCAUCAUCCUGAAUCACCUCCCCUCAGAGGACCUGCAAGGAACCUGA